AUGGCAGACCCACUGCCCGCUCCCAUCAGGACCUCAGUCCUCGAUGUCUCCGAUGUUCCGGAGACCAAAGCGGCCGAGAAUCCCAGGCUUUCCGAGGAACCCACCGCCGUUCCGCAGGCCGACCAUAACGAACCAGACGAUGGCGAAGCCGAUGAUUCCCUGAACCAAGGAGACGCCACCGACACGUCGGAGGACGAGGACGCAGACGAACCUCAGGGCGCCCCUCUGAGGGAAAACUACACGCACGAGAACUUGUGCGUGAUGCCUUUCUUCAGGGACGAUCUGGGGAACGACCGGCGCUCAGUUGUCAGGAUGUACAAUGAGUACUGGUAUCCUGAUCACCCUCCGGGUAUCUACAAGGAUGCGUUGUACUCACGAUACAAGAAAGCGGUACCCAGCGGCAAUCUCCGCCUCGUUUGCGAUCGUGACGUAAAAUUAGAGAUCAAAGAGCACAGUGGGUGGACUAAACUUGCCACCCACGCACCGGCGCCACGGCACCUGGGCGUCCUCACUCUCAUCAUCUCAAACUCGACAAAAUUCGCUCUCGAUGACUUCCAUUGA